AUGGAAAACAAGUCUCUAAUCAUCGCCAUGGUAAACAGAGCCUACGUGGAAGGGGACAGGUCGAUGCUUGAUCUGUUCAUGGAGGGUUUCUGGCUCAGCGACUGUACAUGGGGGUUGGUAGAUCAUCUUUUAAUCGUGGCCGCAGAUCAAGUAUCGUACCAAAGGUGCAUGUUUCUCCGGCUCCAUUGCUACAGGCUUGAAACGGACGGUGUCGAUUUCGAUGGGGAGAAGAUAUACAUGUCCAAUGAUUUUAUCAAGAUGAUGUGGAGGAGGACUUUGUUUCUUGGGGAUGUUCUCAAGCGUGGCUACAACUUCAUCUACACGGUUACUGGAUUGGGAUAUUUGAUCCCAUUUAUCCCAUCUGAAGUUAUGUCUUCUAUUUACACUUUGUCUUAUGUCACCUACUUAAAGUUCUCAAUGAUACAAUAA